CUGCACAAUCGUUUCAGUGAGGGAUACUCGUUGGUGAAUUCGACAGCUACCGUUGAGGAUGCUGCGUUUGGUCGUAAAUUUCGUAACAUUCAUGGCAUGAGUUGGAUGGUCACAUGCCUAUUUAUCGUCGGUGAAACAGCAGGAGGUGGACUGAUCGCAAUGCCAACCGCUGUUGUGGCUACUGGUCUUCUUGGAGGAAUGAUCGUAAUCUUGUUGGGUGCACUUGUGUGCGCAUAUACUGGUAAUCAGCUUUCUGAGAACUGGACAAUUCUUCAAGAACGAUGGCCAGAGUAUAGGCACCACUGUCGUAAACCCUAUCCAGCAAUGGGUUACCGAGCGAUAGGGCCAAAAUUCAUGUCAGUUGUCUCCGUUUGUCUGGAUAUCACGCAGUUUGGCACCGCGGUUGUUUUUAUGCUUUUAGCAGCAAAGAAUUUCGAGAAUUUUCUCCACGUUUACGGUGGUGUUCACAUCGGUUUUUGUUACUUGGUCAUCAUUGUUGGUAUUUUCAUGUUGCCUUUCACUAUGCUCAAGAGCCCCAAAGACUUUUGGUGGGCAGUUAUUGGUGCAAUGAUAACAACUUCAAUUGCUGUUACAAUGAUCAUUUUUGGAGCAUCAAUGGACUUCUCGACGUGUUCACCGCAUAAUUCAUAUCCAAAUCCGAAGAUGGACAGGUUUUUCAUGUCAUUUGGCACAGUGAUGUUUGCUUAUGGUGGUCACGGUGCAUUUCCGACGAUACAACAUGAUAUGAAGAAGCCAUAUCAUUUCAAUCGCUCAGUUUUACUCGCUUUCACAAUAAUUUUCGUAAUGUAUGCACCAGUUUCAAUCAUGGGCUAUUGGGCAUAUGGCGACAGUUUGCAUGAUUCAAUCAUACCAUCCCUCCAGAAUCUCUGGAUUCAACAGGUCGUCAAUGUGCUAAUCACUUUGCAUGUUGUGCUUGCUUUAACUAUUGUUUUCAAUCCGAUCAACCAAGAGUUUGAGGAAAUCCUGAAUGUACCUCAAGAAUUCGGUUGGAAACGCGUUUUGUGUCGGUCUGUGAUGAUGGCAGCAGUAAUUUUCGUUGCUGAAACAGUGCCCGAAUUCGGUGUUCUACUUGAUCUUGUUGGUGGAUCUACAAUCACAUUGAUGGCCCUCAUAUUCCCUGUUAUAUUCAACUUAUUCUUGCACGCUGGUCAUAAGAAGCAUGAAGGCAAACUGGCUGCUUCAGGCGAAAAUUGGAUCACCAUAUCAGAGAUUUUCCAAUAUACAUCUAGAGGAAGGCUGACGAUUAAUCUCACGGUUUUUGCCUUUGGCUUAAUUGGCGGUUUUGCGGCAACAUGGUCAGCAAUGCAUGCGAUGCUAGGAGCGGAAUUCUCACAGCCGUGCUAUGCCGGCAUCUUCCAAAGUACAUCAGAAGUAAUCGAGAAUGGCACCAAUCCAGUAUUCAGAAAUAUCAGCCGUAUUGGACCGUCAAUCGAUGUCUGUCUUCAACCAGAAGAGCUUCUGUUAAUCCGAUCAAGUCAUGGAUAA